UUCGCCGCCAUUGCAGCCGCCCCCGACUCGAAGACCUACCCCCACGUCGCCCGAUGGUACAAGCACAUUGCCACCUGGGAGGCCGACCACGCCAACCUCAAGGGUGACGCCUCCAAGGCCCCCAUGUUGACCCUGCCCGCUGGUGAGGAGCCCGCUGCCGCCAAGGCCGCCGCUGCUGGUGCCGAGGAGGAGGACGACGAUGUCGACCUCUUCGGUUCCGACGACGAGGCUGACGAUGCCGAGGCCGAGCGAGUCAAGGCUGAGCGAGUCGCCGCCUACAAGGCCAAGAAGGACGAGAAGGCCGCUGCCAACGCCGCCGCCGGAAAGGACGCCCCCGUCGCCAAGUCGGUCGUCACCAUGCAGGUCAAGCCUUGGGACGACGAGACCGACAUGGCGGCCCUCGAGGCCGGCGUCAGGUCGAUCGAGAAGGACGGACUCGUUUGGGGUCUUUCCAAGUUGGUCCCCAUCGGUUACGGUAUCAAGAUGCUCCAGAUCAACUUGGUCAUCGAGGACGAGAAGAUCUCGCUCGACGAGCUGCAAGAGCAGAUCGCCGAGGACCACGAGGAGUACGUUCAGUCUUCCGACAUUGCUGCCAUGCAGAGUAAGUACUCGUCUUGCAGCAGGUACAGACAGGACAGCCGCUGA